AUGACGAAGAUACCAAUGUGCUACGCUUACUUCAGAUCGAGCGUAAAGACGUGUCUAAAGUACACCGAAUCCAAAAACACCGACCUCCACCACCGAUCCAAAGCACUGGCGGAUGCCAAGGUGGUAUUCGCUACCACACUCACAAGGAACGAAGCUGCCCAAGCGACGAGCAUUGCGUUGGGAAACGGGGAGGAAAACACGGGAGCGAUGAUGGUGGAGGUCGUCCCUUCUUCAUCACAGAUACAAACAUCCGCAGGAAUGAUCAAUGAAUCAUGUUUGACAAUGGUGUCUGAUCCUUCGCAAAAGUUCUGCUCUACAUCUCUCGAUGGGACUGCGAUAGGCAGUGAUGCGGGAUUGGUUUUGCCCCAGGGAUCCGCUUCUGCCUCGGUAUCGCCUUCGUCGACAGCAUCAGCCUCAUUGUCAAGUCCAUCGGAUGUAGCUUUCCAAGACUUGCAACAGCCCUCAACAGCAUCGAUCGGCACGUCAUCCCCUUCAGCUUCAGCACCCGUCUCCGGAGAAUCUGCGGACACGACCGGUAUCGCCUCAGCAUUCUUCUCCAGCUCGUCAGGAGGACCAAGUGUCACGGAUGCGUCGCCGACGCCUAUCAGUGGCAAUGCUGUCGUGAACGCCGCCGUGCCGACUGGUGAAGCCUCAACGUCUUCUACUGUAUCCGCCGGUCCGAUUUCCUCGGCGCCUCCUGCAUCUGGUAAUGUCAGCACACCAUCACCAGUGAUCGUCAAUGCUCCAUCAGUGAACACGUCGGCCAGGGGAUCCUCGGAAUCUGGAAACACUGUGUCCGCCAGCGUCACGGCAUCUUCAGGGACAGGGACUCCAUUCGUCAUCGUCAACGCUCUUCCAUCCGUCGUCGCCCCAGUCACCGCUGCAGCAGCCGAAGCGGACAACACAGCGACGACUAUCCCAGGACAAAAGAUGCAAGUCCUGCCUAUAGGUCUGGGGGUGUUUGGCGGUCUCGCCGGUAUAACCCUCUUGGUCGUUGGGUAUGUCUAUUACGAGCGGAGAAAGUAUCGAGGGCAAUUUAGACGUCGAAAGGCUGCUGAGGAAGAGCUGAUGGGUCAAGCUGCGCCGAUGGGGUCGGCGGGACGAUAUGGGUCGACUUGA